CCUCACACAAAACUGAGCUUGUUUUGCCACUUAAUUAAUUUGGUUAGUACUAGAUUAUCACUAAUCUAGCUCACCAAUUCAAGAACAUGGACUUCACCACUAUGUGUUUCUCAUUUGCUCUGCUUCUUCUCUCCCCCCUUCUCUUCCAUUCUUUGUUCAAGCUCUUCGCCUCUGGCCGCCGGAGGCUGCCCCUCCCUCCCGGCACCUUGGGUUGGCCAUAUAUCGGCGAAACCUUUCAGCUCUACUCUCAAAACCCAAAUGUAUUAUUUGCCUCCAAGCAAAAAAGGUAUGGCUCCAUAUUCAAGACCCACAUAUUAGGCUGCCCUUGCGUGAUGAUUUCGAGCCCUGAAGCUGCAAAGUUUGUGCUGGUGACAAAAGCUAAUCUCUUCAAGCCGACGUUCCCGGCGAGCAAAGAGAGGAUGUUGGGCAAGCAGGCCAUCUUUUUCCACCAAGGAGAGUACCAUGUCAAGUUGAGGAAGCUCGUCCUCCGAGCUUUCAUGCCGGAAGCAAUCAAAAACAUCGUAUCUGACAUCGAGUCCAUCGCCAGCAAAUCACUCCAGUCGUGGGAAGGCCGGAUGAUCAACACUUUCCAAGAAAUGAAGACUUAUACAUUCAAUGUUGCACUUCUUUCCAUAUUCGGAAGGGACGAAAUUCUGUACAGAGAAGAUCUCAAACGUUGCUACUACAUUCUUGAAAAGGGUUACAAUUCAAUGCCCAUCAACCUUCCCGGGACACUCUUCCACAAAUCCAUGAAGGCAAGGAAGGAGCUGGCUCAGAUCUUGGCCAAGGUCCUCUCAACCAGGAGGCAAAUGAAGCUCAAUAACAAUGACUUGCUUGGAUCUUUCAUGGGUGACAAAGAAGGCCUCACCGACGAACAAAUCGCAGAUAACAUCAUUGGUGUCAUCUUCGCCGCCCGCGACACCACAGCGAGCGUUUUGACGUGGAUUCUUAAGUACCUUGCAGAAAACCCAAGUGUCCUAGAAGCUGUCACUGAGGAGCAAGAGUCCAUUAUGAGAAGCAAAGAGAAGAGAGGUGAGGAGAAAGUCUUGAGCUGGGCAGACACCAGGAACAUGCCAAUAACCUCUAGGGUGAUUCAAGAGACACUCAGAGUUGCUUCAAUUCUAUCUUUUACUUUCAGAGAAGCUGUGGAAGAUGUUGAAUUUGAUGGGUACCUUAUACCAAAAGGGUGGAAAGUCUUACCACUGUUCAGAAACAUUCACCACAGCCCAGACAUCUUUCCAGAGCCUGAAAAGUUUGAUCCCUCCAGAUUUGAGGUUGCACCAAAGCCCAAUACAUUUCUGCCAUUUGGCAAUGGGACUCAUGCCUGUCCUGGGAAUGAACUGGCUAAACUGGAGGUUUUGGUGCUUCUCCAUCACCUGACUACAAAGUACAGGUGGUCUGUGGUGGGCAAGCAGAGUGGAAUUCAGUACAGCCCCUUUGCCCUUCCCCAGAAUGGUUUGCCCAUCAGAUUGUCCCUCAAGACCUAGGGUACCCCAACAUGGUCCCUACCUCAAAGUUCUCUCUGGAAAUUUUUAAGUUGGAAAAAAAUUUAGGAACUUCCUCAGGAAACAAAAGGGAAAAAAGAGAAAAAAAAACAAAAACAAAAACAAAAAACAAAAAUGGCUUUGACAGUCGCAAGCAGUAGGAUUUUAGAAGAAGCCCCUCCUUCCUCUUGGGCCAAAGGACACCCAAAAGGGGGGAGCUUUUAAGAAAAACAUGCAGAAGGGAAAUCAAACGCACAGAAGAGUCUUCAAGUCAGAAAACAAAAAAAAUUUGAAGGCAACAAUAAAGCAAGUGAAUCAUGUAUUUUUUCUUUCUUUUUACCCCUUUCAAGGCUUGAAAAAGGGGAAUUAGUCAGGAGUUGGGAAGCCUGUUUUAUUUUGAAUUUUGAGGUGUUCUCAUAUUUGCUGAUAAAUACGAAGUGCCGCAAGGCAAAAAAAAAAAAAAACAUUCUCAUUAUUAGAGAAA